CGGAACGUGGGAGGAGGAGACAUCUCGCUAAACAGCGGCAGAAAUCCAGUGUGUGCCGUGGUAAGCAAUGCCCGGCCUGCGUCGGUUGCCUCGACAAGUGUGCUCGACGCUGUCAUCAACAUCCUGGGAAGGAGAGAGAAUCCGGUCCAACCCACGCGCUUCUUCAUCUUCUUCUUCAUGCGUGAGUAGUAUAUAUAACCAACCCCUCAACCCGUAAAGACCCCACGAUUUGCCUUCUCCGCUUCUCUUCAUUACUACGAGUGGUAUCCAUCUUCCGAUCUCAGAAGCAGCAGCAUAGCAGCAAAGCAAAGAUGUGUGGCGGCGCCAUCAUCUCCGACUUCAUCCCCCCGCGCAACCACACCCGCCGCCGCCGCCCCGACCACCUCCUCUCCGCCUCAGACCUCUGGCCCGAGUCCUUUCAGGAUAAAGCGCCUCGGAAGCGGGAGCGGAAGAACCUGUACAGGGGGAUACGGCGGCGGCCGUGGGGGAAGUGGGCGGCGGAGAUCCGCGACCCGGCGAAGGGCGUCCGUGUCUGGCUCGGCACCUUCACCACCGCCGAGGAAGCCGCCCGCGCCUACGACCGCGCCGCCCGCCGCAUCCGUGGCAGGAAGGCCAAGGUCAACUUCCCCAACGAGGUGGAGCCCACGCAAGUCUCCGUCGCUCUCAUCGAACCCAAGCCGGAAGGCGAUGGCGACGGCGAGGUGAGGAGGCUCUCGGAGGAGCUGAUGGCUUACGAGUCGUCCAUGAACUUCUUCGGUAUACCAUACAUGGAGGGCGGAGCCGCAGCUGCGGCGCCGGUGGCAACAGAUGAGGUUGUGACAGGGAAUAUUGGGAUUGAGGCGUGCGAUCCACCGGUCUCUUCAGGAAUGGAAAUGCUUUGGAGCUUCGACGACAUCCUUCCAAACUAAUUGCUUUCCUCUCUUCAAUGGUUGUGUUGGACAUCGACGCUUGUGCAGACGCAACUUCUUCGUAUGUUGUUUAGUAGCUUCAUUAAGAGUGUAGUGUUGGAGUUUAGCCUCCAGUUCAUGUUACUUUGCCCUAAUUGUUAUAUGUAUCUAAUACUCUGCUGUGUGAUCUUCCACCUUUGCCAAGUUAAGGAACUGUUUUAUGUGUUGAAGGAACAGUAAUCUGGUUUACUCAA